AUGGCCCGGAGCAGUGAAGCGGCGCCAGGCCACUGGCGAGGCGUAGUGGUUAUGAAUGAUUGUCCAGAGUAUGACUUGAAUUUAUUUACAUACACACAGCACUAUUAUGGAGAUUUGGAAUAUGUCUUCAUACCUCAUGGCAUCAUUGUUGACCGGACUGCAAAUACUGAAAAAUGGAGUCAUCGGUCCUCCCUGUUCACAUGCCAGGAUAUUAUUGAAUAUGUAGGAUGCUGUGAACUUAGGAUCCUGUGUGUGCUUAAAGGAGGUUACAGGUUUUGUGCGGAUCUUAUAGAACAUCAGUCAAAAUUCAGAUAGAUGUGUCUCUAUGUUGAUUUCAUCAGACUAAAACAUUACAGGAACGACCAGUUCAUGGGCGAGAUGCAGAUGAUUGGAGGCUAUGGUCUUUCAAUACUGGCAGGAAAGAAUGUCCUCAUUGUUGAGGAUGUUGUUGGAACAGGGACCAUGAAAGCGCUGCUCGGCAGCACAGAAAAUCACAAGCCCAACAUGAUUCAGGUGGCCAGUUUGUUGGUGCAGAGGACACCUAGAAGUCACGGCUUUAGACCUGACUAUGCUGGAUUUGAGAUUCUAAACUUAUUUGUGGUGGGUUAUGCUUUAGAUUACAAUGAAUGCCUCAGAGAUCUGAAUCACAUACGUGUGAUCAAUGAACACGGCAAAGAAAAGUAUCGAGUCUAAAGAAGUAAAUUCUCUCCAGAUAACAUCAUACAACUACAUUCAGGAAGCCACUGUGUGAAGUUUGUCUCCCCAGGCGUCCUCACUCAACAGGGCUGUUAUUAUCUGCUUUGACAAAGCCUUUCUGAGCCACAGCAUACAAUGAAUGUUAAUGAUGUUAUGAAAUGAGCCUUGCUCAGUGCUCUUGAUUGGAGCUUCCGGUAUGUGAUAACGGUAUGUCAUGGAUGCAUGGACGUACUCAACUGUGCUUAAUACUCUGAAUUUUAAUUAGAAAAAAUACAAUGGCAGCAAGGCCCUGGUUUCUAAGUGGCAUCCUUUUAUUCAUGUGGGACAUGAGCAAAUGGCAGAGUUUGGAGGAGGGGCAAGUGUUUUCAAUGCUCAAAACUAAGCAAGAAUAAAU